CCGCACCCUCCCUGGAUCGACAUGAAAGUGAUUAACUCUACAGCUACUCACUAAAAACACAACGACCGUGUAGAUUUAAAAGUCGGUCCUGUCACACGCGCCAUCAAACAGUGUAUCCACCCACAGCUAAAUCAACCCAUCGCUUCAACUCUUCCGCCCAUAACUCGGCUCCCUGUGUGGCGCUCUCGGCAAUGCUAGAUUUCUUAGGUACAUCGAGGUCUUGCCAGAGCCUUGAUGUACUCUGGGACAGUACUGUCUACGCCGGGAGCAAGGAUUAAGCUGGAUACUACGAAACCCGGACACACGACCAUACCAUGUUGGCGGGAGCGAUAUCGGCACAGAAAGAAAGAGGCAGGGCCAGCAACGGAAGUUUAUAGGAGGUGCCUGAGUGCACUUCCUCGGAGCCGUGGGAGACAGCUACCAUAGAGUCUGUAAGGAUCCCGGCGCAGCGCCCUCCGAUGGCUGGGAUGAUUUAUCUUAGCCGCGGACAAGAGCUUCAGCCGAGGCUCCGCCUAGUCUGUGGACUCUCCACUUCCUCCCGCCCAGCGCCCCGCAACUUCUUGACUCCAUCCCUUUUGGCGGACAUUGCAAUUUAGCAGCUUAAGCGACGAAAGCAAUGCUCUUCCCAGACUCCGAUCUGCCGUGUUGAAGCAGAAUAGGGACCAGGAUCAAGUGGAGGGGUCUUCCCAGCCUAACAUUCUCGUUCUGUUUCAAGGAGACUGAAAUGAUCUUUCACCGCAAACUGUGGCUCAAGAAAGCCCUGGGCGGGGAGCCAAUUGCUUUAGUUUAUUUAAUGUCUGUUCUGUUUCAAACACUGUUGUAGGAGCAAGACAUAGUAAUUGAUUAUGCUCAUCACUGUCCAAUUCCAGGCUAAGUACUUUGAAGAAAAAGAACAAUGCAAGCAAUACCCUUUUAGCCGAGGAAGUAAAUUGGCUGCUCUUAGUUCUGAAAACUGACAGUGAAUUUAUCUGGCUUCUGAAAUAGUUGGACCAACCAAGAAUACCUCAGCACUUCACUUCCCUGAACACUUGGCAGAAGACAUGUAUGAAGUUUCAAGAUAGUUCAACAGAGAAAGGCUGACGGGAGCUGAGGGUGUUUUUUUUUGCAUGUUUUAUGGUUUUUUUUUUUGUUUUUUUUUUUUUAAGUUACGACUGCAGCACACAAGCGAGCUCCAAGAGAGGAAGCCAUGGCUGCAGUCAUCCUGGAGAGCAUCUUUCUGAAGCGCUCGCAACAGAAAAAGAAAACAUCACCUUUGAACUUUAAGAAGCGCCUGUUUCUCUUGACUGUGCAAAAACUUUCCUACUAUGAGUAUGACUUUGAACGUGGGAGAAGAGGCAGCAAGAAAGGUUCAAUAGAUGUUGAGAAGAUCACCUGCGUUGAAACAGUAGUUCCUGAAAAAAAUCCUCCACCAGAAAGACAGAUUCCGAGGAGGGGUGAGGAGUCCGGUGAGAUGGAACAGAUUUCAAUCAUUGAAAGGUUCCCGUACCCGUUCCAGGUUGUAUAUGAUGAAGGACCGCUUUACGUUUUCUCCCCAACUGAAGAACUGAGAAAGCGUUGGAUUCACCAGCUCAAAAAUGUAAUCCGGUACAACAGUGACCUGGUACAGAAAUACCACCCUUGCUUCUGGAUCGAUGGACAGUAUCUCUGCUGCUCUCAGACAGCCAAAAAUGCUAUGGGCUGCCAAAUUUUGGAGAACAGGAAUGGAAGCUUAAAACCUGGGAGUUCUCAUCGAAAAACCAAAAAGCCUCUUCCCCCUACCCCAGAGGAAGAUCAGAUCUUGAAAAAACCACUCCCCCCUGAGCCAACAGCAGCACCAGGCUCCACGAAUGAGCUGAAAAAGGUUGUGGCCCUUUAUGAUUAUAUGCCAAUGAAUGCAAAUGACUUACAAUUGCGAAAGGGCGAGGAGUACUUCAUCCUGGAGGAAAGCAACCUACCGUGGUGGCGAGCACGAGAUAAAAACGGACAGGAAGGUUACAUCCCCAGUAAUUAUGUCACGGAAGCAGAAGACUCCAUAGAGAUGUACGAGUGGUAUUCCAAGCACAUGACUCGGAGUCAAGCUGAGCAACUGCUAAAGGAAGAGGGAAAAGAAGGCGGUUUCAUUGUCAGAGACUCCAGCAAAGCCGGAAAAUACACUGUGUCUGUAUUUGCCAAAUCUACAGGGGACCCUCAAGGGGUGAUACGCCAUUACGUUGUGUGUUCCACACCGCAGAGCCAGUAUUACCUGGCCGAGAAACACCUUUUCAGCACCAUCCCUGAACUCAUUAACUACCAUCAACAUAACUCUGCAGGACUCAUAUCCAGGCUGAAAUAUCCUGUGUCUAAACAAAACAAAAAUGCACCUUCCACUGCAGGCCUGGGCUAUGGAUCAUGGGAAAUUGAUCCAAAGGACCUGACCUUCUUGAAGGAGCUUGGAACUGGACAAUUUGGUGUAGUGAAAUAUGGGAAAUGGAGGGGCCAAUACGAUGUGGCCAUCAAGAUGAUCAGAGAAGGCUCCAUGUCUGAGGAUGAAUUCAUUGAAGAAGCCAAAGUCAUGAUGAAUCUUUCCCAUGAGAAGCUGGUGCAGUUGUAUGGAGUCUGCACCAAACAGCGCCCCAUCUUCAUCAUCACUGAGUACAUGGCUAACGGUUGUCUUUUGAACUACCUGAGGGAGAUGCGCCACCGCUUCCAGACUCAGCAGCUGCUGGAGAUGUGCAAAGAUGUCUGUGAAGCAAUGGAGUACUUGGAGUCGAAGCAGUUCCUUCACCGAGACCUGGCAGCUCGAAACUGCUUGGUAAACGAUCAAGGAGUUGUGAAAGUGUCCGACUUCGGCCUGUCGAGGUAUGUCCUGGAUGAUGAAUACACCAGCUCGGUAGGCUCCAAAUUCCCAGUCCGAUGGUCUCCACCGGAAGUGCUUAUGUACAGCAAGUUCAGCAGCAAAUCUGACAUUUGGGCUUUUGGGGUUUUAAUGUGGGAAAUUUACUCCCUGGGGAAGAUGCCAUAUGAGAGAUUUACUAACAGUGAGACGGCAGAACACAUUGCUCAAGGCUUGCGUCUCUACAGGCCUCAUCUGGCAUCAGAGAGGGUGUACACCAUCAUGUACAGCUGCUGGCAUGAGAAAGCAGAUGAACGUCCUAGUUUCAAAAUUCUCUUGAGUAACAUUCUAGAUGUCAUGGAUGAAGAAUCCUGAACUGGCUGAUAAGCUUCGUGGACCUACUCCUCUCUCCUACACGUCCUAAUUCCACUUUUUCUGAGGGCUCCCAGGCUCACGGGCUCUGUAGCCUUCCAUGCUCCUACUGAAUACAUAAAGGCCCCUGUAUAUCGAGGAAUGCCUUUCUUCUUUCAGUCCCCGGCAUAAUGCUUCUGAGAAAAAGCCGAGGAAUUUCUGUGCCUGGUAUUGCCCGUAACUUCAAGACUCCUAACAGACUGAAUUUGGGAUGGGAACAUUUUGGGGGAGGGAAAGAUGAAAUUAGCUCCACUAGAUGUCUAACAGCUUGUUGGGUAAGUGUUAAGAGUGUGGGGGCAGGACAGACUGAAAUGGUGCCAUUAGAAUGGGAGGGAUGGAUUGUUUUGAUAAAAAUAAAAUUAUUGGAAAGAGU